UUGCCAUUUUUUUUUUCGCGCUUCCCGUACACACCGUACUAUAAAUACCGUAUUCCCCCUACUCCGUGGAAUUACACAAUUCACAAUCAUAUUAUUCUCGUGACGUCUCCGUUCUAUAAUUAUAAUUAAUUCCGCGUACUUUGUGUCUUUGUUUAGAUUUUUAUUCAAGUUCGCCAGUCUCUGCUCUUUGUCGUUGACGUCGUAUUAAUCUUCGGGCCUUGACGUCUGAACGUUUUUUGGUCGAUUUCAUACCACCAUUCUAUUCAGUUUGUCGAUUUUCUCCGUUCUACUUGCAUCCGUAGUUAGAUCGCCAGCGAACACCUCUUCUUGUAGCCGAGUGGAAUUUAAAGAGACCCGUCGUUACCACAGGAGAAACGAACAUACGCAUGUCAAUCCAGAAUCUCAACGUAUUCGACCCGUUUGCUGAUGCAAUCAAGGGUGCAGACGAUGACGUUCAAGACGGGCUUGUUCACAUAAGAAUUCAACAGCGUAAUGGUCGUAAAACAUUAACAACGGUUCAAGGUCUAUCGUCAGAAUAUGAUUUAAAAAAGAUUGUACGCGCCUGCAAAAAGGAGUUUGCUUGCAACGGUACAGUAGUUGAACAUCCUGAAUACGGUGAAGUGUUACAAUUACAAGGGGACCAGCGAGAAAACAUUUGCCAAUGGUUAACUAAAUGUGGUCUUGCCAAGUCUGAUCAACUCAAGGUCCACGGUUUCUAAAGGAAACAAUUUAAACAUACUUUACAAAACAUAGAACAUGGAUUUUUAAUGUGACGAUUUUUUACAGCUCGGUCAAACAAAUAAUAAUAAAUUCAAAAUUCUCAAUUUCAUAACAUGUUUUAAUUAAUAAAUGUAAUAUUUAAUCUUAGGAAUUUUUCAAAUCAUUUAAUUUUCAACAAUGUAGAUUUUAAUUAGCAUUAGUAUAUGUAUAUCAAUGCUACUGACAUACAGAAAAGAACAUUUUUUUCUUUAUUUCCAUAAAUGUAAUAAGAAAAAAUAAUUGAUUCUAUAUUAUACUUGAAUCCACAUAUAUAAUGUGAUGAGGGUGUUAUAAACUUCAUUAUACGUACCUAAGGUAUUUAAAA